AGAACAGUCAGUGGAGAGAGAGAAAGAGAGAGAGGCAGAAGGAGGGAUUUUACUUUUAAUGACAUCUCUGUUGCACUGUGCAAACCUCCACACUGAAAUCUGAAACUGCAGAGGUGCUGCAGCCCCUCCAACCGUCACACACACUCUCUCUGCACGGCUCGUCUGGUUCCGGCCUCCCUCCAUCUGCGAGGAUUUCUACUGAGGUGCUUCUUUUACAGUGAAUGCUGGGAGCUGAGUUUCAUGUGGUGGCCAGCUUGCACAGAUGCAGCAGAACAGGGAUUAAAAGUGUGGGAGCUGUCUGAGCUGAGGUUCAAGCCAAUAAAUACAGCUGGCUUUAAAGGAUCCUGAGAGGAAACCAUGGGCCCAGCAGGCCUUCAUCCCUUCGGUCUGUGUUUGGUGUUUCACAUCAGCAGAAGCUUGGCCACGCCUCUUUCUUCCUACGGUUCUCUGGAGGGAAGCACAGAUGAGGAAGAGUUUAGCUCCGUGGCUAUCUCUGUGUCCACUGCAGUCGUCCCCACUAAGCACCGAACCACACCAGCUGACCCAUCACAAGCAGAAACAGGCUUCCCCAAAGAGCUUGUGAGCUACCUGGAGGAAAACCUGCUCCUCAUCCUGGUUGGAACCACUCUCAGCUUUCUGUUUCUCCUCAUCACCUGUGGGGCCUUUAUACUGAGCCGCAAGCGCAAAGUGAACUCCUACUACCCGUCCUCGUUCCCGUCGAAGAUGUACGUGGACCGCCUGGACAAAACCGGCGGUGCUAAACCCUUUAACGAGGUGCAAGAAAAAGCUGCUCCUGAGCAGGAGUGUGAGCCGCUGGACUCUCACCGGCAGCUCCAGGCGGAGAUCCUGAGAGCUGCCAGCAGCCUGCGCACGCCGAACAAAAAGACAGCGGAGAGCAGUGAGCCCCGUCCGAAAGCAGCAGACCACAGGUCCGAGGACAGCUCCAAACCAGACGGCAGCAUCGUGGAUCAGCAGCUGCCAAGUCUGCCUGAGGAGGAGCAGGAGGAGGCCCCUGACAGCAGAGCGGCCGGAGCAAGAAGCGCAACACUGGAUCCUGCAGAGCAGCCGUUUGGGAAGGAGGACUUGAGGGAGGCUUCGACGGGCCGGGGUCUGCGGCCGUCCUCUCUGCACAUUCACAACGACACGGCUACACUUCAGCUCAUCGCAGGGGAGAAAACAGCCUUCUGAACACUGGUGGAGCACAGGUUGAAGCAAAAACUAAGACAGACAAGUGUUUGAUUUGAUCCAAUGCAAAAGAGGCUGGAAGGACAACAUAUUUCUACAUUUUAUAACCAUUUAAACACCUAAAAUUAUAAUUUUAUACGACUUAGUGCUCAUAAAAGACCUCUAAAAUGUGUCAUCUAAAUCAAAGAGGGCUUAAAGUGCCUGUGACAUCAAAUUUUUUAUAAUAAAUAUGAAUGUAUUUUUUGGAAAGAUAACAUAUUGUAAAA